CAGAUUGAGUUUUCAAUCACCAGUGAGGGUGACCGAAUCGGCGAUGCACGACUGGGGUAGGGGUGGGAGUAAGCAUCGUCGCAAGUAAGCAGUUGGGUUGGGUUAGUCCGUGCGAGGAGAGUUUCCGGGUGUGCGCGUGACUCGGUCGGACGGAAUGCCUGAGUCAGGUGCCCGAGACAGACUAACUAUGAUAUCUGAGGGGUGGUGCCACUACUCGUUCAGGCCAAGGUACGAAUACCAUUCGCGGAGGCGGUUGCAGUGACAUAAACCACAGUCAUUGAUCUCACACUGCUUUCUUGUUUCAUGUGCUAAUAAUCCGAUGUCAUUGCUGGGUGGCUCCCUCUCUGGUGGCGCUGCGUCGGAAUCAUGUCACAGGCAUUCCGCGGCGCUCCCCGUGCUCAGCAGCUGCUCCAAAAAAUACAUUUAAGGGGAGUGCUCAGUCAGCCUGGAGUCCCCACUACUAAAAAUUACACUCAGAAAUGGGAAACAAGCUCUCUUCCAUCUCAUCCAGUGACCGCAGGGUCCGUGCCAAGCAGGUCGACGACGAACCCGUCUUUGCCUCUCCUGUCGCACCCAGCCACCGGGAUGGAUCGCGAUUAUCGAGGUCUCACUCGUCGCACGAGACGCUCUGCGAGAAACACGUCUACCAUCUUCCACGGCAGCCACCACCAACCCCACCCACUCCCCAUCGCCCACUGGCUUAUACACCCCUAACCGUUGCUUGCCCCCCGAGCAACGAUGGUCGAUUAGCAAGGGCAUAUCUCGCCUUCCUCAAGUCAUUUCCAGAGUAUCAGAGUACUUGGAUACUCGAUUCGCUGCGCCGAACAGACUUUGCGCGCCUAGAUCGAUCUGGGGAAACGUAUGUGGAUUACAUGGGCGGCGCGCAGCAUCCAGAGAGCCUCGUGCGUGCACACAGCGAUUUCCUGUCAGAAAGCAUUCUAGGGAACACGCAUUCUGUCAGCAACAGUUCGAAGCUUUCGUCCAUCUGUGCCCACGAUGCACGAGACGCCGUUUUGUCAUUCUUUAGGGCUCCACCGGGAUACACGGUCAUAUUUACUGCGAACGCUACCGGUGCACUGAAACUUGUCGGCGAGUCCUACCCGUUCAAGCAAGGAAGCUCCUACGUCCUUUGCGCCGAUUCACAUAAUAGCGUGCAUGGUAUCCGCGAGUUUGCAUCGCGGCAUGGCGCGGAAGUACACUAUAUUCCUUCUAUGCCUACCGGCGGCUUCGUCCUUUCUGCCGCAAAGGAUAUCUUGCAACAACAUCAUCCCAGGGAUUCUGCGCCAUCUCUCUUCGCAGUGACAGGCCAGUCGAAUAUCUCGAACACGAAAAAUCCACUGGAGAUAUUGGCCCAUGCGUCUGCGCUCGGGUACCAUACUCUUCUCGAUGCAGCAGCACUUGCACCCACCUCGACCAUCUCACUUGAAAAUACCCCUGUCGAUGCAAUGGCGAUAAGCUUCUACAAGAUGUUCGGUUAUCCAACCGGUGUCGGAGCCCUCGUUGUCAAAGAAUCCUUCUUGAAGUUGCUUGAACGACCGUGGUUCGCCGGAGGAAACGUGGACGUCGUUCAAGUACCUGGUACGCUCGUCACACGAUCGGCAAGCCUGCACGAACGGUUCGAGGACGGGACCAUCAAUUAUCUAUCUUUAUCAGCCGUGACGGAUGGACUACGAUUUCUAUCAGUUUACCUUCCUUUCCUUCCACUUCGCCUAUCUUGCCUCAUGCAUGUCCUCACCUCUUCUUUAAUACAAAUGCGUCAUGACAGCACUGGCGCCCCGGUCGUCAAAAUCCUUUCAAAGCUGCCCUCGAAGCGACUAAAGUACAUCGGCGAAGAGGCUGAUUCGGGAUCUACGGUCUCUCUCAUAUUUCUAUCGCCCUCCGGUGACAUGAUACCAAACUCUUUUGUUGAACAUGUUGCCGUCUCUCACAACAUAUCGUUGCGUACAGGGUGUAUGUGUAACCCAGGCGGAGCAGCAGCACUACUAGGGAUCAAAGACCAGAUGGCACUCCUCUACCCGGGUGUCACGCUCAAGGACUUUGAGCGGGUGGUUGGAAGGGAACUAGGGGUAGUCAGGAUCAGCCUCGGUCUCGCUACCACGUUCCAUGACGUAUGGAGGGUGAUCGACUUCGUGUCCAACCUUGCAAACGAUCGAAUCCGCCGAAAGUUGUGGGACGCUUGGAUUAACGUUCCCGUUGGUCAAGCUAUUUGAUAGGCCCCCAACUGCUCGCUGCUACUACGACUAUUUAUAUUCAGGCGGUGCCAUGGAACAUGUCUACCAUUUCAGCCGGAAAAAGCACAUCGGAGUGGAUGUUACUGUAAUGCUGUAUAUUACUGUGUAUGAUACCAACAACUUUAACUUGCUGGCCACUUACCAUACUUCCCUUGCACGUU